UCCCUCUUUCAUUCCUAACGACUACUACUAUACUAAUACUAACACUCUGUUUUCUUUUUCUUCUGUCUCCCUCUCUCCUUAAAGGAGCAAAAUUCCUUACGGAGAAACAAAAAGCUAUACAAAACUUUACAAAAAACCACAAUUCUUCCUAACAAAGUUUUAAGUUCUAACCAAUUCUUUGUAGUGUUCGCAUUUAUUUCUGUGUUUGUCUCUCUCUCUCUCUCUAUAUAUAGAAGGGUCGCCGGAAAAUGUCAACUCCGGCGCCGGUAACUGCCCCUUCUCCUAAAUCACCGCCAAGUAAUUCCACUUCUCCGCCGCCGUCAACUCCACAAGCUCCACCUCCGGCCACCCCAACCCCACCAGCAAACGCUCCUCCUCCGGCCACCCCAACCCCACCCCCAACAACCACCCCAUCACCUCCAGCAACAAGUCCUCCACCAACAACAACUCCUACCCCACCAGCAACAUCAACUCCACCACCAACAUCAACAACUCCAUCACCACCAUCAACAACUCCAUCUCCUCCUUCGCCGCCGUCUACCACCCCAUCGCCGCCGUCUACCACCCCAUCGCCGCCGUCAACCACCCCAUCACCGCCUUCUAGAGGGAAUUCACCGCCAACACCUUCCCGGAGCACUCCGGAGCCAUCUGGUGGAGGAAGGCAAUCACCACCGGAGUCAGAUGGGGGAGGGUCAUCAUCGGGAAUAUCGACAGGGGUAGUUGUGGGAAUUGCUAUUGGUGGUGUGGUAAUACUAUUAGUGUUGAGUUUGUUGUUUGUAUGUUGCAAGAAGAAGAAGAAGAGGAGAAAUCAUCAAGAUUAUUAUGUUCCACCUCCACCACCACCACAAGGAGUCAAAGCUGACCAGUAUGGUGGGCCUAUGCAACAUUGGCAGCAAAAUGCUCCACCUCCGGCAGAUCAUUUAGUCACAAUUCCGCCUAAACCGUUACCUCCGCCACCUUCACAUGCUCCACCACGUGCACCUUCACCUCAGCCUCCAUCUUACAUGAACAGCAGUGGAGCAUCUUCAAACUAUUCCGGGUCCGAAGUUGGGCCUUCUCCGGCCAUGUCCUUAGGUUUCUCCUCACAGAGCACAUUCAUGUACGAGGAAUUGGUUCGGGCAACUGAUGGCUUCUCAGAUGCUAACCUUCUGGGACAAGGUGGUUUUGGAUAUGUGCACAAAGGAGUCCUUCCUAAUGGGAAAGAGGUUGCAGUUAAACAGCUUAAGGCUGGGAGCGGACAAGGUGAACGUGAAUUUCGGGCGGAAGUUGAGAUUAUUAGCCGAGUACAUCACAAGCAUCUUGUGUCUCUCGUUGGAUACUGCAUUACUGGUGCUCAAAGAUUGCUCGUUUAUGAGUUUGUUCCAAACAAUACUUUGGAAUUUCAUUUACACGGAAAGGGAAGGCCUCCAUUGGAUUGGCCAACGCGACUAAAGAUUGCUAUAGGGUCUGCUAAAGGACUGGCAUAUCUGCAUGAAGACUGUCAACCUAAAAUCAUUCAUCGUGAUAUCAAGGCAGCUAAUAUACUUCUCGACUUCAAUUUUGAGGCCAAGGUUGCUGAUUUUGGACUUGCUAAGCUAACUUCUGAUGUUAAUACUCAUGUCUCCACCAGAGUGAUGGGAACUUUUGGGUAUUUGGCUCCAGAAUAUGCGUCUUCUGGAAAACUUACGGAUAAAUCAGAUGUAUUUUCCUUUGGAGUAAUGCUUCUAGAGUUGAUAACGGGACGUCGGCCUGUUGAUUCCAAUCAGUCAUACAUAGAAGAUAGUUUGGUGGACUGGGCACGGCCAUUGCUCACACAAGCUUUAGAAGAUGAAAAGUUUGAUGCCCUUGUUGAUCGUCGGCUAGGUAAUGAUUAUAACCAUAACGAGAUGGCUCGUAUGGCUGCUUGUUGUGCUGCUUCUGUCCGUCAUUCAGCAAAGCGUCGACCAAAAAUGACUCAGGUUCUUAGAGCUUUGGAAGGAGAUGUCUCGUUAUCAGACCUUAAUGAAGGGAUUAAACCCGGACACAGCACAGUAUAUAGUUCAUAUACAAGUUCAGAUUACGACGCACUCCAGUACAAUGAAGACAUGAAGAAAUUCAGGAAGAUGGCACUAGCGACAAGUCAAGAAUAUAACAGUAGUGAUCAGUACAGUAAUCCGACAAGUGAAUAUGGGCUAUACCCGUCUGGAUCAAGUAGCGAAGGCCAACGUACAAGGGAAAUGGAAAUGGGUAAGGCGAAGAAAGAUAGCAGAGGAUUUAGUGGAAGUAAAGGCUUCAGUGGAAAUUCUUAGUGCAAAGAACUCCAUUUCUGUAUAAUCUUUCAACCUAACUCUUUAAGAUGUGAAGGGUCAUUUUACUCGUUCAAUAUACAGGGUUUGUUUUCCAGUGUUUUUUUUUUAAAUGAGAAAAGUUCUUCAUUGUAUGUAUAAUGGCUUUUACAACAGAGGGAUGAGUUAUACUGUUAAUUCUUUUAUUCUAUUUCUUAAAUGGUCAUUUGACAGUUGGAUUUGAA